AUGUCGCACCUCGUCCAGAGCAUCGAGCAUGCCGUCGAGGCCGGCGUCAAGGGCUUCAUCGACUACAUGGGAGUCGGCGCACACGCGGACAGCGCACCCCAGACCCCGGCGACCGAGGCCAACAAGGCCGACCUGACGCCGACAGCGCACCCCGACUCGCGCGUUCAGCCGGCAUCUGAUUCUCAACCGCAAGCCACCGCGAUCCCUGUCUCAUCGUCCUCUGGCGACCUGGCUGCGAGUGCGGGGCCGGCGUCUGCCACCUCGCCGAUAUCAGCUACCUCGGCUGGCCAGUCGCUAGCCUCCCGCAUCGCGCAGCAGACGCAGCUCGUGCAGCUGUUCGAUGUUCCGAGUGGCUGGAUCCACCUGCAGUCCACCUACGUCGACUCGGCGGGCGGACAACGACGUGUGCGGCAGUUUGGUCUCCGCAACCUGACGGCAGGCAGGGUCGAUGUCGAGAUCGCCUCUGACCUCGGGUCCCAGGUGGUGUUCUGGGUCGCAGACGAUGACUCGGACGCUCUGUCUACGACGUCGUCGCUGUCCUCGGUCGCGAUCGGCUCUCAGACGCUCAACCUCAGCAUACCGGGCUCGAGCUCGGCCAUGGUCUAUCUCGCAUUCCAACCUACUGGCAGCGAACCCGUCACUCCUGGAUCACUGACACCAUCGAGCGAAGGCGGUGUCACACCACGCAUAGCUGCAUCGGUACCGACGAUAGAUCCAGGGCCAGUGCCAGGUGGCCGCCUGCCGUCGGCCGGCACCAGUAUUCUGUCCGACUCGACGUCAAUGUCUACAUCGAGCCUAUCACUGUCGGUCGGCGCCGUGAACGCACGCAGAUCCGAUACAAUCAACCGCUCGUACUCUGUUCACGGCUCGAUCCUCAUUCACGUGUCCACACAGGACACGGGUGACGUGCUCUGCCCGCCCGCGCAUCAGAACAUCACUCUCCCCUUCUUCGCGAGUGUGUGCAAGUCUGUGUUCACGGCCGGCGUGAUUGAUCCGGUGUCGGGUCUUGCUUCUGGUCCCCAACUGUCUCAGGGCCAGCUCACGGUCGACUUUGGCAGCGACACGGCCGUCGGCGUCGAGGUGCACCGUGACAUUCUGCUUGUGAACCGAUCGGAAAUCGAUCUCGUGUGGACGUCUGCAGUUGUCAACUCGCGCUUCAAGGACCGGGUCUGGUUCCAACUGCGUGACCUCGACUCUGAGAACGUGUUUGGCGUCGACUCGUCCAGCGAGCCCGUGCCACUACCCCCGCUCUCGUCGCGGCACCUGCGGCUAACGCUGUGCGCGAACGCGUCUGUUGCAGACUUCGACUUUGACUUUGUCAUUUCCAACGCCCAUCAGUCGGGCAACGCUGUCACAUGCCACGUCGUGGGCUCGUGCCCCGCAAACGGCAAGUACGACCACCUGCGGAUCCUGAGCGGGUCCAUGCUGGACUUUGGGCAGAUUCCCGACGGUGUGUGGAGCAAGAAGCUCCUCGUUGCCAAGAACAUCGGAGAUCGGCCCAUCGACGUCCACUUCUCAGCGACGCCCGGAUACGAGGUCGUAUUCCGAUUGGCAGGCGUUGCGGGGGAAGAUAUCGACGAGGACCUGCCCACUCGCUUGCCCAGGGACAAGCGGGCUGACCCCCUGUCACGGACGUCGACGAGGGAUGACCGGUCGCGUGGCCGCAUAGCAGGCUCAGACGUUGCGUCCUCGCUGAGCAAUCUGACGCGGUCACAGCUGCUCAGCGAUGGCGGAUCGGUCGGAUCCAGCGCCGUCAGCGCCGCCAACGCUGACGAGGGCUCGGCCGUCGCGUCUAGUGACCGUGACAGCUCCCUCCCUCCCUCUCGGUCAUUAUCACGGGUGACGUCGCGAGCGUCCUCGUACAGACCGACACGGGGUGACAUUGACUCGGACGAGGACGAUGUCCCCUCCCAGUCGCAGCAUCUCCAGGUCGCGCCAGAAGCGCAGGCAGAGAUGAGACACCUCGACAACCAGGGCGACCGUGACAUCCCCAACCAGAUUGAGGAACUCACCAUGCGCCCGGGUACAGAGUACCGCGUCUUCGCCAUGUACCGUCCCGAGCGGGAUCUGGUGAACCCGCCCGAGAUUGCGGGUGCGUUCAGGACGUCCGAGUUCAAGAUCAACCUCGACUCGGCGCUGUCGUCGCAGCGCUCGCGACCAACACCUCGUUCGCAGAACACGGUGCACUGCGUCGCCGAGUCGUGCACGUCCAUCAUCUCCAUUCCCUCCGGCCACCUCAUCGACUUUGGCGAGGUCACUGUUGGCGCGUCCAAGUCGACGACGAUCACGAUCAAGAACGAAUCUGCGCUUUCCGCGCGAGUCGAGGUCGCCGCCAUCUCCAAAGUGCUCAACACGAAUCGCAAUAUCAUCGUGAUUCCGCCGUAUGAGACGGUCAACGAGCGUCUCGACUUCUUCCCGCGCCGCAUCAAUGAGCGCUACGAAAAACAGGUCUUCGUUCGCAACCUCUUGAACAAGCACAACAACCAGCUCGUCGAGGUCCGGUCCAAGAAUGUCGACGUGUACAAUGUCACACUGCAUUCGCACCUGUACCGCAUCCUGACGCCGUCGGGGAGCAACUUCCUCGACUUUGGCUCGGUCGUGAUCAACUCGCCCACUGUCCGCACUGUGCAGUUCCAGAACCUGACUCACAAGCCGUUGACGCUCGACUUGUCCGCGUCGCAGCCCGAGGACGUCGAGAUGUACAUCCGCAUGUCCGACGCUCCGCCAACGCCAUGCAAAGCGCACCCGCUCAUAGCGCGAUACGCACACCUCGACCAGGCUGACCGACCAGCGAAUGGCAACCUGAAGGAGCGCUUCGUCGAGUCGCUCGAGGACAAGGAGAAGGAGAAGGAAAAGGAGAAUGGCGAGGGCAAGUCCAAAGCGAAGCGAGAGAAGAACUCCAAGUCGCACAACAAGGAUCACGAUAAGCAAUCGCUCGGCGCCUCGCUUGCGCUCGCCCUCAAGAAGGGCAACCGCGGAAAGCAUGUGCACAUCUACGACAACAGUGUCAUGUUCAAGGACCGCUCCCUGCUCGACGACCAGGACUACCUUGAUCUUGCUACUGGACCGCCAACGUCUCACAAGACGGCACCGCAGCACUCGAAGCGCGACCAGAAGCUUGAGAACAUUUCAUACGAGGACAAGACCAAGCUGGCCGGCAAGCACCCGCGUGUUCCCGACAUCGACUUUGCAGCCCUUGCCAAGUCUAACGGAUUGCUCAGCAAGGACGUGAAGACGAAGAAGUCCAAGUCGACCGCAGGCAGCAAGCGCGAUCCCUCCACGCCUACCAAGUCGUCCCGAUCGGAGCGGACUGAGAAGAAGCCGACCACGCCUCCUAGCCCUUCGCACCCGACCGGCGCCUCGGCCCUGAAGCAGUCCCUGCUGAAGAGCCAAGGUCCCAAGUCGCCAGCCCUCACUGGCAAGCGUCAGGAGCCAAAGGGCGAUCCGUCCGGAACGGACGUGGCGAACCUGACGGCUGACGAACUCAUCCUCGCGCUGGAGCAGCACGAUGCGAAGCGGGCCCAGACGUCCGUCAACCACUUUACGCCCGAGGAGGAGGAGCACUACGUCAAGCGUCUGAUUGCGCUGCGCAAGGAGCUGCAGAAUGCCGUGCAGGCUGGUAAAUUCGUGCCUGCGCGCACGCUGACAGUGCCCCCUGGCUCGUCGAGGCAGCUUAUCGUUGUCCUGACGCCGAACGGCUCGACGCGGCCGCACAUCACAACGCGCGCCAAGCGAGCCGAGUCGCGCAUCUUCAUCAAGCUUGUCGACUAUGACAAGACGAUGCUGAACGCUGUCGUCGGCGACAGUCAUGACGUCAAUGAGCUGCCGGUACGUGACCUGGUCAUCCGUUCUUCGUGUGUGCGCUCCGUGCUCGAGGUGCAGCAGUCAAGCAUCAAUUUCGGCACCUGCGAGCGCGGCGACACCAAGUCUCGCACGAUCGUCAUCCACAACAAGAGCGACUGUGUGGGCGUUUUCAGGAUGCGGACCUCGGGAUCAAUCGCGUCCGGUAACCUGAAAUUGGGCGUCGGCCGGUACGGAGUCAUAUCCGCGUUUGGGCGCAAGGAGGUUGCGUCAUUCUCUUUCACUCCAUCGCUCGUUGGCAACUACAACGAAACCAUCACUGUCGAGAACGUCCUCGACUCGCACAACGACCAGAGCGUGCUUGUCAAGGCGACCGUGCGCAAGAUGCCGACCUUCUCCCUCGACGUGACGAAACUGGACAUUGCACCCAAUGCGCCAGGCACGUGGCCCACCUGUGCCAGUUUCGUCGUGACCAACACGUCCAAAUCGGAGCGCACCCUCGUCAUUGAGGCAUCCGAGGUCACGGACGCUGCGUUCGCUGAGGUCUCUCUGUCCCGCGACGAGAAGGACGCCGGUUCCGCUCUCUCCAAGGGCGAGGAGGAGGAGGUCGAGGGCCUGCUCCAGAAGCUCAAGAUCGCUCGGCGCAAGAACAAGGCCGACAAGAUUGCAAAGUACGAGAAGCGUCUUGGCGAGCUCGGCGUUGCGACCGCGACUUCCGCUGCGGAGGAGCCGACGCCUGAGGACGACGUUCCCUCGGGUACGGUCACGCCUGCCAACGGCGAGGUCGUGUCGUCCCCCAGCAUCACGGUCACGCUGCAGCCCAACAAGAAGGCCAAGAUUCUCGUCAACCUCGUUGCGCGCGAUGCCGGCUCGGCCGCAUUCGACUCGACGAUCAAGGUAUACGAGAAGAAGAACACCGACGAGACUGUCACCAUCGACGUUGCCGCUUCCCCCAACCCGAUCGAGGCGCCCGCCCAAGCCCCUGCUACCACUUCCGAGGGUGAGUUAACCUUCACCUCUGCUGAACCUGACAUGACAGACCCGCUCAACCUCGCGCUCAUGAAGCACUGCCUGGACCUGACUCUGCAAUGUCCCGUGUCCCCAACCGCAUUCUGUGUCGGUUCGACGCUCUUCCUCCCCGCUUCAUCGCCCUUCUACGAGCGGCUGAAGGACCUGUUCCCGAUCUUCAACGACCCGACGACGGGCAAGCCGGCCGGCCUGCUCCUCGCCGACGGCUACUCGCGCCAGAUCCCGGGCAACACGCACGCGGAGGCAAACGCCCUGACCAACUUCCGCGAGCGCAUGAACCAGCUCGAGGAGGAGGCGUCGCAUCCCAACCUCCCCACUGCCGACGAUGUGCUCGCACAGAGCGAAUGCUUUGCUACCAUGGAGCCGUGUUCGGUGCGGACAUCGGGCGGGCCAAGCUGCGCGCUCGAGCUUGUGCGUGCGCAUGUCCGCGCCGUCUUCCUCGGUGUCGAGGAGCCGCCCGACUUUGUCCAGUGUGAGGGUGUCCGAAUCCUCGACCAGGGAGGUGUGGAGGUCCGCCGUGUCGUUGGACUCGAGGACGAGUGUCUCAAGGCAGCGAGGCGAGGGCGCUCGUAG